AUGACGGACUAUAUGGCACAAAUGCUCAAUGAGCUUAUGGGGCCUCAACGAAACUCGCUACCUGGAGAGGGUGGUGCUAUUGAUUUUGACCAUCCAGAUGUCUGUCGCGACUUUUUGGUUGGUUUCUGCUUAGCCGAAGCAUUUCGCAACACUAAAAACGACUUGGGAUUUUGUCCCUAUCCCAUCCACGACGAAGCACUAAAGAAGCGCUACCAAGAAAGUCAUCGAUACGGACGCCUUGGCUAUGAAGAGAAAUACCUGGAAAGGUUAAAUCGUAUGCACAAUGAAGUGCGGAGGAAAAUUGAAAAAAAUGAAGCUCGACUUGUCCACACAAGAGCGGACACGCACGUCUCCAGUGAAGUAUAUGACAAGAAGAAAAAGGAUCUAAUAGAAAGAAGAGAGAUGAUUGGUAGGAAAAUUGAGGGGUUAAUGGAAGAGGCUGAGAUUGAAGGUCAGCAAGGAAAUGUUGCAGCAGCUCAAACAGCUGUUCAAAAGGCAGACGAGCUAACUAAAGAGCGAGAAGAUCUAAGAAAGCAGGAAGAAGAUUUAGAGCUCGAAAGACAGAGAGCAAUUACAAUGGAGGAGCAGCUUACGGCUGGGAACAAACAAAUGCAAGUUUGUCAGGUGUGUGGAUGUUUCAUGCUGACAAAUGACGCCCAAAGUCGAAUUGAUGACCACCUCAGUGGGAAACUUCAUAUUGCAUAUACAAGGAUCAAAGAGCAAAUCGACCUUAUGAACAAAGCAAAGGAAGAAAAGAAGCUUCAGAUGGAGAAGGAACGUGGGAGAGAUAAGGAUGAUAAGAGACGUGAUGAUCGUCGAGACGACCGUGACAAGGAGCGAGAAAGAGAUAGGGAUCGCAAGGAACGACAAGGAAGAAGA